AUGGCUAGCGAUGAUACUGGGACCGCAAGUCUCCCAUCUCUUCGAGACCUCACAAUUUCCCAGGCAGGCGAAGGGCUGCGGACGGGAAAAUUUACUUCCGUUGACCUUGUCAAGGCAUAUAUCAAAAGAAUUGAGGAGACAAAGCAACUCAUGAUCGUCAUCCAUAUGGAUGAAGAUGCCUUGGAAGUAGCCCAGAUGCUGGACAAAGAACGGGCCGAGAAGGGAAGCAGAAGGGCUAAUCUAGAUGAUGACGCGGGAUACCGGGUUGAGUAUCCCGAAUUCAUCCUUCGUGAUUAUAUCAAUUAUUCACGUUUCCUCACCCCCAGCGGUCCCGGCACUUUACCUGGAUGUAGCAAAGGUUCAGCCGUGGCGACUGCCAUAGGUUUAUCCGUGGCGGCGCUUGGAACUGCCAAUGCUAAUGCGGGUGUCAAGGAAUCUGGGGCCAUUGCGAAUGCCGCUGAUUUCAACCUCGUUGGUUUUAAACCCACAACGCGGUCUAUGAUGAAGUCUGGCUAUUUUAGGUUUUCACCACAAGGAACGCCUACUAUAGGGAUCCUUGCGAAAACUGUCAAAGAUACUGUUGAUAUCAUGGCCGGUAUAUAUGAACAAUACGAGCACAAUGAGUGGAGUUCGAGAAUUCCAUCGGACCAAGCACCCGAAUGGGACGAAAUUUAUGAAGGGAGUUUACUAUUGGUCUUUGAUUCGGACCCAUACCCCCAAGUUAUGGAAUCAUUCGAGGCUGCUCUGAAGACUCUAGCCUUGAGUGGAGCAACAGUCGUGGAGAAUGCGAACGACCAGGGGACCAGUGAGCUCAAAAAGCUCAAGGCGCAAGUCAAAAGCCUUGUUCAAUCGUCAGAGUUUAAAGAAGACGUGUUCAAAUGUUUAACAAGACGGGGAAAUGACUCCAACAAUCCUGAAAAUGCGCAAAGAGUUUAUUACCUUGUCAGGAGAUGCCCAAACGAGGAGCCCACAGAGAGAGAACUAAAUAAGAUGUUAUGGACUCGCACAACACGUAUUGCUGCAAAUAAGGAGGAAUACACAAAGGUACUCGAAAAGGCCCUCAUCAUCAGCAAAAAUCAAGGCAUCUGGGCAACGAUAAAAAAGCACCGUCUCGAUAUGUUCGUUAUUCCAUCGUCUGAUGAGGGCGUUACACUCGAGCUUGCCGCGCAAGAAAAUGCUCCUGUGAUGUCUGUGCCCCUGGUGUUUUUUCCAGACGGCUUCCAACGUAAAUAUACAUAUGAAAUAACCCCUAAAAUACCAUGA